UCUGCUGACGUUUCUGUGACUGAGCUUCACGCGGCGUCCAAAUGAGGUUCAACCACAGCCAGCUCCUGUCACAGAUAACUCAGUGAGAUUGCCAGAGACACAAUGGCCCCCGCGGUGCUCCACGAAUUAUUAAUGCUUGCGGGACGUGCUGACAGUCGUCGAUUGUGGUAGAGUCUAUGAAUCCUGCAGAUUUCUUUCUUCUUCUUUUUUUUUUUUUUUUCCAGUUUUGCACAUUUUUUAAACUCAAAAGAAGCUAAACGGCUACGAGUCGGCUGUCAGUGUUUGAAAUGAGGGCGGUGUUGUUGAUCAGGGUUCGCAGAGCCAUGGAAGCAGGUCAAGGGCAUUGACCCCAGGCAUGUGAGUCUCUGCAGGGGGCUUAAAGCUCAGGGAGAUUAGUGAGUGCUCAGGUGGCACAAAGAGUUGUUCUGCUCCAGCAGGGAUGCUCUUAACCUGUCUCAAACAGAUGAGAUUGUUCACAACGGCAACAGGCGAACACGAUAGUUUGAUCUGUUUUAAAUCUGCAGAGGAUCGAUUCAGGCAGGGUUUGAUGAUGCAAAAUCCUAACUGGGACGUCGCAUCUCCAGCUUAGAGCAACAUGCAGCAGGGACAACAGAUCAAAUGCACACUGCUGCGGCAAUUACGCAAUCUUCCCAGGAAUAAAUAAAAGGUAGAAGCAGGAGGGGCACAGAUAUCGGGAGAGGGUGGAGCUUGCUGGAUGCUGCAUGACUUUCAGGCUCGCUGGAGGCAAGGUGUGGAUAAACAGCAAGACAGAAGACUCAAGAUGGGUCCACAGCUCUACAGCACAAUGUACAAAGAGCAUUUCAGAUCUCCAGGCGUAGCAAAAAAGGCUGAACUUCGACCCACCUCAGCCAACCGCAGGAACAACCCUCAGCCACGGCCGGACUUCCUGUUUCCCCACAGUCUCCGGCCCAGCUACAGGCCAACACGCACAAUGCCCCGCCCUUUGCCCCCUGUGGACAAUGGCCGGCCCCUUUUCCCCCCCGUGAACCGUUCCUUGCCUCUCAAUCCUGUCUCGGCAUGUCCAGAGAACCCUUUAGGCCAAAAGAAUUCAGACAGCCCACAGCACAUGCCUCCUAUCAGUGACAGGGCGCAGAAACUGCAGCUGAUAGAGACUCCUGCUGCCAAUGACGGUCAGCUUCCCACAUCUCUGAGGAGCCCCAAUAAGACAGCGGAUAAUCAGAGGAAUGUCAAUCCGCUCUCAGCACGACAACUCAGGCCACAAGCAGGAUCUCAGUUUCAAGCAAGACCUCAGACGAGCAACCCUUCUGCAGCUGCGGCUCUUCACUGCUUCACGCGGACGCCUUACAGGAAAUGCUGCUCUACGAGAGCUAAGGAUUUUAGUGACUGCUACAGCUGCUUCCACGUGGUGAGGCCCUACCAAGCCUCUCACUACGUCAUACACCCAGAGUUUGUCUCUGAAAGCCUUUAUUAGGAACACGGGAGAUUUCACUCUUGGAAGCUGUGGGAUUCAGUAUAUGGAAGGAACAAAAUGAGAGACUGUUAACUAUUAUUCUCUGCAUCACUUUAUCCAUGCAUGGCAGCAUGCAGACUUUUACAUUUCCCUGCUAGGUAAAUGACAAUCAGUCUUUCCAAAGAGUUCUUGUCUUGAUCUGGCUGGAUGAAGAGCAGUCACUCUGUUGUGCUGCCUGUGUCUCUGAUUAUUACAUUGCAGUUAUACCUUUUCACGUGCAAGAUUUCUUUGAAUAUUUAUACAGUAGAGGACAGGUAUAUGAUGUUGGAUGCUGUUCUAU